CCCGAACAGCCAACAGCCUUUCAAUUUCUUUUCGAAAUAGAAUUUUGUGGUGUGCGGUUCAGCACAAUUUUCAUCCGAUUACAUCGGGCUAGUGGAUCCAUAAAACACUAAUUAACUAUUCAAAAUGCCACCAAAAUUCGAUCCCAAUGAGGUCAAAAAGGUGUACCUGAGGUGUGUUGGAGGUGAAGUAGGAGCUACUUCUUCCCUUGCUCCGAAAAUCGGUCCUCUUGGUUUGUCCCCCAAAAAAGUUGGUGAUGACAUUGCCAAAGCCACGAGUGACUGGAAAGGUCUGAAGAUCACAGUACAGUUGACAAUUCAAAACAGACAGGCUACGAUAUCAGUAGUUCCAUCUGCAGCAUCUCUCAUCAUCAAAGCCCUCAAGGAGCCCCCACGUGACAGAAAGAAGCAAAAGAACAUCAAACACAGUGGAAAUCUGUCCUUUGACGAUGUUCUUGCUAUUGCACGCGCAAUGAAGCCUCGCUCCAUGUCAAGACAAUUGAGUGGAACUGUCAAGGAAAUCCUUGGAACAUGCCAAUCUGUGGGCUGCACCAUUGAGGGAAGACCACCACACGAUCUCAUUGAUGAUGUCAAUUCUGGUGAACUCGAAGUCCCAGAAGAAUAAAUGAUGUUCCAAGAGAUCGUCGAUAAAUAAAAUUUUUUAAAACUCA